CACCGAACGACGGCCCGUGCUUGCCCGAUUCAGACAUGCAUUCCUUUCCACAGCUCCCCCUCUCCGCAUGCAACGCCCUCGCCACAACUGCUGCAUUCCCCUCUUUCAUUCUAUCGUACUCCACUGCUCAUAUCCUAACCUUCACUCACCGUGCUCCGUUUGAGAGCAGGAGAAGGGAAAAGGUGCUUUUCGGCCAUAUGCAUGCCUUGCGGGCGUUGGGAGCAGCGAGGGGAGCGCGAAAUCUCUUCAUCGUCGAAGAGCGGUCAGAUAGCCCGACCCCUCUCUCUCUCAAAGCUGAGCACCUGCAUUUAGGCCAAGGCACAUCCGCCAUGCCUGGAGCGACGAUCGCCGUUAGCGGUUGCAAUCGAGCCCCAGUGCGCUGGGAUUUCCGUAUCUCGCAGCUCGCGAAGCGGCCCGAAUCCUCACCGGACGGGAGGAUUCGAAGUCCGGAUUCCUGCUUUACUGUUUACUGCGAGUCAGCACUUAUCAAUGGCACGCCGAGGCCUCCCGAAGUCUGCAGCUGUGCCAUGUCCUGGGAUCGCGACCUGAUACAUGUACACAUGCAAGCUGCCCUAUGCAUGGCUCCAGCACAGCGGGGUUGUCGAUUCCAUAUCGCGUGGGACGCGCAAGGAUAG